UGAUGACAUCAUGUCGUCUCUGCGUUGUGAUUGGCUGCAGUGAGUUAGAGCUCAGCUGUGUGUCAGUGAUUGUGUCAGUGAGUGUCAGUGAGUGUCAGUGAGCUGUUGAUGAACAUGAACGUCCUUGUCCUCUGCUUCGUCCUCAGUGUCUCAGCUGAAGGUCUACAUGUGGACCUUGCAGUGAAUGGUUGCUCAGACCAUGACGGUGAGCAGGUCUAUAACCUGGACGGUGAAGAGAUGUGGUUCGCUGACUUCAUCAAAAAGGAAGGAGUCGAGCCUCAGCCCCCGUUCAUUGAUCACAUGACCUUCCAGGACGGAGCUUAUCAACAAGCUGAGGCCAAUCAACAAAUCUGCAAAACAAACCUGGACGUAUCACGCAGAGCUAUGAAGGACUUUAAGAUCAAACAUGAUCCUCCCUCCAGUCCGAUGAUCUACACCAGAGACGCUGUGGAGCUCGGAGGGGAAAACACCCUGAUCUGUCAUGUGACUGGUUUCUAUCCUGCUCCCGUUCACGUCUACUGGACCAAGAACGGAGUGAACGUGACUGAAGGAACAAGUCUCAACGUUCCUUAUCCCAACACAGAUGGUUCCUUCAGACAGACGGCCAGACUGAAAUUCAUCGCUCAGCAGGGAGACGUCUACAGCUGCACAGUGUCACACCUGGCUCUGGACCAAUCACUGACCAAGAUCUGGGAUGUGGACGUGCAGCAGCCCAGUGUUGGACCGGCUGUGUUUUGUGGAGUGGGUCUGAGCGUCGGUCUGCUCGGAGUUGCUGCUGGAACCUUCUUCCUCAUCAAAGGGAACGAGUGCAGCUGAUUGGCUGCAGCUGAUUGGCUGCAGCUGAUUGGCUGCAGCUGAUUGGCUGCAGCUGAUUGGCUGCAGCUGAUUGGGACAUUUUCCUGCUUUUUUCUCAGCUGAAGCUUCGUCUCGUGUUUUGCAGCUUCGACGCGUUGUAACAAAGAUCAUAAAUAUCAUCUGUCUCUGUUUUCAAUCAGUAACGUUCUGAAAUCUUCUGCUCAACUUUUAUAAUUCAGUUCAACACUGAAGAAGAAUAAAGUUUUAUCAA